AUGAAACUAUCUGCUACUGCUUUGACCGUCGCUUCAUUGAUCGGUUCUAACACUAUUGUUUCCGCUUUACCAUACGCGGCGGAGAUUGGAUCCGAUUGCACUACCACUGCCCACGGAUCUCACCAGCACAAGAGAGCCGUCGCUGUCACCUACGUUUACGAAACCGUCAUCGUCGAUUCCAAUGGCCAAACCGUCACCCCUACUGUCACUGGGACUUCUUCUGCGGUUUCUUCAACCACUACCUUGGUUCCAGAAUCUUCCGCUGUUACAUCUUCUACCGAGGCCAAAUCUUCUUCUUCUUCUUCCGCAACUGCUAAAAAAGCACACACCACCACCCUUACUUCCUCUUCCACCCCAGCAACAUCAACCUCUCAAGAAACCUCCACCACUUCCUCUACCACUUCAGUCGGCGCGACUACAACAGCCUCGACUACUUCUUCAAGCGGAACCAGCAGCAUAUACGGUGACUUGGCUAACUUCUCAGGUCCCAAUGAAAAAUUCCAAGACGGUACCAUUGCCUGUAGCCAAUUCCCAUCUGGUCAAGGUGUUAUUCCCAUUAACUGGUUAGGCGAAGGUGGCUGGUCCGGUAUUGAAAACACUGACACUUCUACUGGUGGCUCAUGUAAGGAAGGCUCUUACUGCUCUUACGCUUGUCAACCGGGCAUGUCUAAGACACAAUGGCCUUCCGAUCAACCCUCUGAUGGAAGAUCAAUGGGUGGUUUGCUAUGUAAGAAUGGCUACUUGUACCGUUCCAACACCGACACCGACUACUUGUGUGAAUGGGGUGUUGAUGCGGCCUACAUCGUCUCUGAAUUGAGCGAAGAUGUUGCCAUUUGUAGAACCGAUUACCCAGGUACCGAAAACAUGGUGAUCCCAGCCUACGUCCAAGCCGGUGAUUCUUUGCCCUUGACUGUCGUUGACCAAGAUACCUACUACACUUGGCAAGGAAUGAAGACAUCCGCUCAAUACUACGUCAACAACGCCGGCGUAUCUGUCGAAGACGGUUGUGUUUGGGGCACUUCAGGCUCAGGCGUCGGUAACUGGGCCCCAUUGAACUUUGGUGCUGGUUCCUCUGAUGGUGUCACGUACUUGUCUUUGAUUCCUAACCCUAACAACGGUGACGCAUUGAACUACAACGUCAAGAUUGUCGCCGCUGAUGACUCUACUGUCAUUGGUGAAUGUAUCUACGAAAACGGUAGUUUCAGCGGUGGUGCGGAUGGAUGUACUGUCUCCGUCACCUCCGGCCAGGCUAAAUUUGUUCUAUACAACUGA